AUGCUCUUCUCGCUGCGGGAGCUGGUGCAGUGGCUGGGCUUCGCCACCUUCGAGAUCUUCGUGCACCUGCUGGCGCUGCUGGUGUUCUCCGUGCUGCUGGCCCUGCGCGUGGACGGCCUGGCCCCCGGCCUCUCCUGGUGGAACGUGUUCGUCCCCUUCUUCGCCGCGGACGGGCUCAGCACCUACUUCACCACCAUCGUGUCCGUGCGCCUCUUUCAGGACGGGGAGAAGCGGCUGGCCGUGCUCCGCCUCUUCUGGGUCCUCACGGUUCUGAGCCUCAAGUUCGUCUUCGAGAUGCUGCUGUGCCAGAAGCUGGUGGAGCAGACGCGGGAGCUCUGGUUCGGGCUCAUCACGUCUCCGGUCUUCAUCCUCCUGCAGCUGCUCAUGAUCCGCGCCUGCCGCGUCAACUAGCGUCGCGGGGCGCUGCCGGGUGCCCAGCGGCCCCCGCACCGCGCUGGUCCGGCGUGGCUCCCUGAGCAGGACUGUUGAUCCCUCGAGCGUGUUGCCUCGCCUCUCGUGCUGUGAGUAGCUGCUCCUGAGUUAGCGCCAGACAUUCCCCGAUUCCGGACGGUUGGGAAUGACGCGGAAGUGAAUAUCCUGAUGGGCUCUUGAAUAUUCUCGAAGGUCCUGGGAAGGUAGUCCCUGUGCGGAUCCUACAGAGCCAGCCUUGGGGAUCACCUCUGGCCACCGAAUAGCUCACUGGCCUGCCCUCCGUCUCUCCAGCUACCCAAGACUGACUGAGCUGCUUGAUCUCCGAGUGCUGUAAACCAGCUUACGUGUCCUGCCUGCGUGCUACUCGUAAGGAUGGCCUGCUUUUCAUUCCAGUCCCGCAGACAGUUGUCUGGGGGACAAGCAUCUUGGGACCCAGUCUGCCCACGCCGGCGUGGCUCUGCUUCCUGUGCCAGCAGAUGGCAGUGUCUCCACUCUCCAUCGCCCAUGGCUGACAUUGCUGGGGCCUGAGAUGGCUCUAGUCAUUCCCUAGGGAGGAGACAGGCAAAGUGUUGGGUGCUUACAGCAUGGGGACCUGCAAAUGGGAACUUUGAGGGUGUCUCAGCCCGUAUCUUGGCCUUGGGCCUUGGGGUUAACGCUUGCCAGGUGCCAAAUGAGAACCGUUGCUGAGCUGAGAAUAAAUAAGAGAAUGUGUUGCUGA